AUGCAGAUGCAGCACCAGCAGCAGCAACAGCAGCAGCAGCAGCUGCAGCAGCAGCUGCAGGGGGAGGGGGGAGGUUUUGACGGGAAAGAGAAACAACAACAGCAGCAACAGCAGCGGCAGGAGCAGCAGGAGCGGGAGCAGCAGCAGCAGGAGCUGCUGCAGCAGCAGCAGCAGCAAGAGGAGAAAAGGAGAGAACUGGAGCAGCAGCUGCAGCAAAGCCUAACGAGUAUAAUAGAGCUGGGGGCCAGCAGCGCCAUUGGUGUUUUUUAUAAGGUAUACUGCAGCAACAAAAAAAAUAUUAUUGGGGGGGUUUGUAUGAAUCCCUGUCUCCCCCGAGGAUAUAAACAAACAUGUUCAACAGGAAAAGCUCUUAUUGAACCUAUAAAGGACUUACAAGCACUGCAGCUACUGUCUCCUUUUUAUAAAGGAGACACCUGCCAGCUGCAGCAGGCUGCUGCUGCUUAUUGUGCUGCUCCUGUUGUUAAAACGGAGACAGGCGCUAUACUUAAGGCUGUCUCCAACAAAAGGCAGUGGGCCCUCUAUGCUUACGAGCUGGGGAAGCUGCACACCGCCAGCGACAGGUGGCAUGCAGCAGCAGCAGCAAAAGCAGCAGCAAAAGCAGCAGCAGCAGCAGCAGGAGGGGGAGGGGGAGCAGCAGCAGCAGGGGGAGCUGCAGCAGCAGAAGGGAGAACAGCAGAAAGCGAAACGGGAAAAGGAGGCGAGACGGCAGCAGCAGCAGCAACAGCACCAGCAGCAGCAACAGCAGCAGCAGCAGCGCCUGCAGCAGCAGCACCUGCAGCAGCAGCAGCAGAUGAAGAGGAGACAAAAGAAAAACAGCAGCAGCAGCAGCAGCAAGAAAACAAAGAAGAAAAAGAAGAACAAUAA